AUGGAUGAGCCUCCACAAGAGGCUCCAAAUGGAUCCUUGGACAAUAAAGACACAGCCCAAUCCCCAAAUAACCAGAAGACCUACAUAGAAGAAGGAGCAGGCCAGGAUCCUCACACAGGUUCCGAAAACACUGGGGUUGGAUCAUCCGAGCAAACCAGUGACAAGGCAUCCAGCCAAACUGCUAAUGAAGGGUCUGGAUGGACUGACCCAAGAACUUCUGAAGAGGCUUCUCAGCCAUCUGAGCACAGGGGAACAUCUCAGCAGAUUGACCGCAGAUCAUCUGGCCAGACUGAAAGAAAAACUUCAGAGACAUAUAAUCAGCAAUUGCCCAGCCUAUUUGAGGGAAAAGCUUAUGAGAAGACAGAUGACCGAGCAUCUUUGCCAUUUGGUGGGAAAGCUUUUGAGCAGACUGACCAAGGAACUUGGGAGUUUGGUGACCAGACCUCAUCAGACCAAGCUGACUAUAGAACAUCAGGAAGGAGUCAAUACCAAGUCUACAAUGAAGUUGAUUACCUGCCUGAAGACUUCAGUGGUCAACAUAGGUUUAGUGGGGAUCAGGAAAGGGACUAUAGGGACUAUGUCCGUAUGAAACGUGACGCACAAAUGGCUGACUACCGCUCAUACUACAAAACACUUGCCCAGACUGAGAACCGAUCAUUAUCUGAAAUUGUUGACAACAAAGAGGUCAGAGAAGCUGACUUCAAAAUACAGCCUUGCACAUUUGAAGUUAGCCAAACAGAUCUCAGAUCCAAGGUCUCAGCUUCCUGGGAAACAGAAAGUGCGGCCACUGUCCAAGGUUACAAGCCACCUGAAGCUGAAUUCACCACUGACACCCAGUCCUCAUACGGAAAACUGCCCUCCAUCACGACCAAAGUGUACUAUUCCUCCAGCCAAGAAAAAGCUCAAACCACAGAAUUACCUACAGAUGUUGUUGCAGAAUUUGAGCAAAGAAAGAGUUCUCAGAGACAAAGUGAAGAUUCCAAGAGGCUGUUCCCUCCCAUUGUUUUUGAAGACCCUUAUCAAGUUGCACUCCGCUACAUGGAAAAACACAACAUUCUUCAGAUAUUCCAGCAGAUCACUGAGAACCUAGUCUACGAAAAGCCGGACGAUCCCCUGGAUUUCAUGCUAGGUCAGGUACAGGACAUGAUCAGACACAGAGAUCAGCAUCGUAUCAUCUGA